GAGAGACGAUACCCUGACUUUCCGGUUUACUACGAGAUAGGAAUUUGGCAUAUACGCUUUUGCCCUACCAAGUUUUUGGCGCCGCUGCCGGGGACUGCCAUACCUUAUUUUUGUUGAUUUUUGUGAGUGAACUAUUUUGAUCUGUGUGUUAGUGUGCAGAAGAAUUUUUCAGGUGUAUCCUCCUUGUGCAUGCCAAGGAGGACGACCGAAAAUUUAGUGCCACUUGAUCCAGAGAUAGAGAAGACCUGCCGACAGAACAGGAAGCAGGUCAAUUUAGGGAAGCAGCCAACCACAACUACUAGGCCUUCCCUAACCCAGAGAGGGCAGGCUUCAUCACCUGUCGUCCCUACACCACCGACAACACCACCUCGUGACAUUGAGCCAGACAUCAUGGCAGACGAGGAUCGAUCAAUCAGGGCUCGUUUGAAAAGGUAUUUCUCGAUAAAUACUUCCCACCUGCCUUGGCAAUGAAGAGGCAAGAAGAGAUUGUUACUUUUAAGCAGGCUGAUGAUGAGAGUCUGACUGAGGCAUGGGAGCGCUACAAGGGGCUGUUGAUGAGAUGCCCAAGCCAUGGUCUUGAAGAUUGGAACGUGAUCAUUAUUUUCUUCAAUGGAAUCAGAAGGGAGUUUCGGGAUGCCCUAAAUAAUGCUUCUCUAAAUGGUUUCACAAGGAUGGAGGCUCCAGCAGCAUAUGAACUGGUAGAGAAGAUCUGUUCAGAAGCCACUGAAUGGGGUAGUGAGACCAGUAUUCGAAGGAGAGGAGGCUUGCAUGAGAUAGACAGAGUUGCAAGUUUAGAAGCAAAGAUUGAUGCUAAGCUGGAUUCCAAGUUCGAUGCACUCGAACGAAGGCUGGCAAAGAUUGCUCUGGGUAGACAAGAGGAGGUUGUUUCAUGUGAACUUUGCGAGGGUCCUCAUCACAGGGAUAUGUGUCCACUGGGAGCUGCUCAGUUGGAAGAUGUCCAAUACAUCAAUAAUCCGCGAAGUCAAGGCCAGGGUGGUAUGUAUUCAAAUACAUAUAACCCUCAAUGGAGACAUCACCCCAACAUGUCAUGGUCGAAUAAUAAUCCAGCUGGUGUCCUAAACAUCCCACCUCCUGGUUUUCAACAACAGCAACCUCAACCAGAGAAGAAGCCCCAGCUGGAGGAGUUGAUUUUGGCUCAUAUGCAGAAAACAGAUAAUAAUUUCAAGGGUCUUGAUCAAUUUUUCACUCAACAGCUAGCCAUCAACAAUAAUAUGCAAUCAUCUAUGCUAGCUAUGGAGAGGCAAAUAGGCCAGAUGGCUCAAACUUUGGCAGAUAUUCAAGGUAGGAUUCCCGGGACUUUACCAGCAAAUACCGAGAGGAAUCCGAAGGAUGCCAUGGUUGUAGCUGUCACAUUGAGGAGUGGAAAGGCCUUGGAGGAUCCACAGAGUCCAAGGAAGUCGACAAAAUCCGAAAAGGAAGGAGUUACAGAGGUAGAGAAUGAAGAAAGUGCAAAAGCUGAAAAAUCUGACUUGCACAGGCAAACUGCAUGCAAUCUGCCUGUGCAUGAGCAUUCUGCCCGUGUACCUCAAAAAGUGGAAAAAUUGAGGAAGGAAGAGGUAAAGCCUUAUGAACCUCCCACACCAUUCCCUCAAAGGUUAAUGAAGCCCAUGGAAGACCCAAACUUCAAAAAAUUUGUGAAUAUCUUCAAGCAACUUCAUAUCAACAUACCAUUAGCGGAGGCACUUGAACAGAUGCCUACAUAUGCUAAAUUCUUAAGGGAGUUGCUGACAAAGAAGUGUAAAUGGGCUGAUCUAGAGAAGGUAACCCUUACUUCUGAAUGUAGUGCCGUGAUUCAGAAUAAAUUGCCAGAAAAGAGGGAUGAUCCAGGAAGCUUCACCAUUCCAUGUGCCAUUAGAGGUAGAGAGUUUGGUAAAUCACUCUGUGAUCUAGGAGCAGGCAUUAAUUUGAUGCCAUACUCAGUCUACAAGAAAAUGGGAUUGGGAGAUGUUCUUAAGCCUACUCGGAUCACUCUCCAAUUGGCUGAUCGAUCAGUGAAAAUUCCAAAAGGAGUGGUAGAAAAUGUAUUGGUGAAGGUGGGGAAGUUUAUUCUCCCAACAGAUUUUGUUAUUCUAGAGAUGGAAGAAGAUCAGGGAGUGCCUCUAAUUCUCGGCAGACCUUUUCUAGCCACUGGCGAUGCACUCAUCGAUGUCGGGAGAGGCAAGUUGACAUUCCGAGUAGGUAAGGAGGAGGAAAUUUUUAAUGUCUUUCAAGUUGACCAUAAUCACGAUGCAUUUGAUGACUUUGAAAGUGGAGCUCGAGAAAGGGAAAAUUCUUCUUCCUGUGAUAGUGGACCACCCAAAGAACUAUCACAUGUCCUAGCAGCUGAAAGUCUGAAAUCAAAGCAAGGGCAGAAAUCCUUGCCAGGUUACCUCGAGUAUCGAUAUUUGGGUAAGGAUUUCAAUCUUCCUGUUAUUAUUCCUUCUUCACUAACAUCAAAACAGGAAGAGUACUUGCUUGAGGCGCUGCAAUACCACCUACGCCUCACUAAAGGGUCCAACAUGCCAGCUAAGAAGGUCAUACCAAAUUUUCGCACACCUGGCCCUGCAGAGGUGACUCAUAUGUUGGAUGGAGGGUAUGCGUUCUAUCAUUGCUCGGGAGGGUAUUCUGGAUACCUUUCCAUGAACGUCAGGCUGAGGAAGUUAAACAAGCGCUUCUUGGGAGGCAACCCAAGGUAAGUUUUCUUUUCUUUAUUUUUCUUUUUCGUUGUGUCAAACCGUGCAUGUUUAGAUUAGGAGUUGAACAUUAGGGACAAUGUUCCAUCCUGAGUGUGGGGUGGCGAGUCUUAGUGUUUGUUUGUUCCUUUUGUCAUGUGGUUGGAAAAAAAAAUUGUUUGUUCCUUUUGUCAUGUGGUCGGUAAAAAAAAACAAAAAAAAAUUGCCAUUAGGUUGAGCACAGCCAAACUGCAUGCAGUUUGCCUGUGUAAUAAGCAGGUUGCCUGUGCAAAGCUAAUGGCUAAAAAACAUCUAAAAAUCAGAAAAAUUAAAAACAAAACCUUGUACUCUUGUGGCUACAUGAUGUAAAUGACUGUGAUGCCUUGAAAAUGAGUUUGUGCUUGAAUGAAAUCAUCAAAAUCAC